AUGGCUUCAGUCGCAGGCCGCAAAAAAUCCAUAGCUUCCACUACAGGCCUUCAAAUUGACACCCCCGUCGCCAACAACACCCUCCUCAAUAAAUCCGCCUCCCAAACAGUCUCCCUCUACCAGAAAUGCUCAGCGCUCCGGAACAACCUCAUGCGCAUUGAGGGAUUCUCUCCCUUCUUCACCAUAGCUGCUUCAUCGGAUUCGAGGCGGUCGACCGACCCCGUGGCCCAAGUAUGGGACGUGCUCUCCCUCGGUAUCACACUAUGCUUCCUCUACAACAAAGUCACCUUCGAAAACCACGACCCGGUGCCAGAGCAUCACUUCGAGAAUUGGGAUAAUUCAGAGAAGGCGAACAAGCGAUUCGUCGCUUGGUUCAUCAUGCGGAUUAAAGGGAUGCAGUUGGCAGGGUGGGAAGGAUGUGAAGAGUUCACGAUAUCAGACCUUCGGACCAGGGAAUCCACGGAUGGAUUGGUCAAGGCUGUAGAUACUGUCAUAGCCUUGGUUGACCACCUACCACUUGACGCCUUCGAAGCUACCCCGCCUUCCCCGCCUUACAUCACUUCACAAUCAUCUACUGACUCUCUGACGUCCGACGCCGCACCCGUGGUUGCACCCAACGCGCGAGAAAAAGACCGCAACCAUAUCAUCCGAGAAAUUGUUGAGACAGAACGCAAGUAUGUUCAAGACCUUGAAGUCAUGCAGAAAUAUUCUACUGCGCUCGCUCAAGGCAAUUUCAUGGAUUUGGAUACCAUCUAUCUCCUUUUCCCCAACCUCAAUAAGUUACUCAACUUCCAGCGGAAAUUCCUCAUUCGUUUAGAGGGUAUGGCUGAACUACCCUGGCCGGAUCAGCGCUGGGGACAAGCGUUUUUGGAUUGCGAAGAGGAGUUUAUCGUUUAUGAACCAUAUUGUGCCAACUACAACUCGGCGUCCGAGCUUAUGAUGGCGAAUGAGGAUACACUAUCUGCCCUCAACCACUUGAUCAACGUCAAGGGAGAACUUGCCGCAUUCCUAAUCAAGCCGGUCCAGAGGAUAUGCAAAUAUCCAUUGCUCCUUGAUUCGCUCAUCAAGGCAGCUAGCCCUGACGAUUACCCACAUUAUGAAGAGCUCAAGGAAGGCUCAGUUGCUGCGAAACGUAUCACCGAUAAGAUCAACGAAGCGCAACGGCGAGCAGAUAAUGAGCAGACGGUGCGAAGCUUGCAAGAGCGAGUUGGAGAUUGGAAAGGGCACCAUCUUAAUAACUUCGGCGAACUUCUCUUGGACGACAUCUUCGUUGUGACGAAAUCUGAAGUCGAUCGCGAAUAUCAUGUCUUCCUCUUCGAGAAGAUUAUCCUUUGCUGCAAAGAGGCUCAAGCCCCUCCGCCAAAUAGCGCCAAGAAGGUCUCCAAGAAUAACUCUAUUCUGAAGAAGCAACCGGGCACGCCUGGUUCGUCUAUGGCAGGAUUGCCCGGCCAGCCUCAACGGAAAAACACGCCUCUCCUCCUCAAAGGCCGAAUCUUCCUCAACAAUGUUACCAAAGCCGUCCCAACUAACCCCCGCAACUCCGUUUCUUCCUCUAUUCCCCCUCAAUAUCCCCUUGCCGUAUGGUGGCGAGGCGAUGACGACCUUGAGUACUUUACUCUACGUUGUCGAAGAGAGGAUCAGAUGAAGCAAUGGGAGUCCACGAUAAAUCGCCUCAUACGGGAGGCCGCUCAACGGCGCGCCUCCGAACGUGGACUUUCUAGAAUUGCUACCAACCAUCACAGUUACACCAGCAACAGCACAAACCCCGCCCAAAGCCGACAACCAUCAGCUUCCUUCUCGCAUCACGUCACCACCCCAUCAACUGGUUCACAGCUCAGCAGCUAUCCCAAUUCCGCCCUCCCCGCCCAUCCUGCCAAUGGUCGUCUGCGACGUUUGAGUCCUUACGGCGACGAGAUGCAACAACUCAACGGAUACGCCAGUGGUCAAACAACCCCUUACCCCGGCGGUCCUCAAGGCUAUCCUCCACACGAGGGCUUUGAGUUCGAACCCGAUGAGGACGAGUAUGAGGAUUAUCCUCCUGUAAACAACUACGCUUCGUCAGGACGUGGAACACCUCUUGGCACGCGUAGGGAGAACGCCAUGAGCAUGCCUCCGGAACGCAAUGGCAUGUCCGGCUUCGAUCGAUCACGGCCGCAGACAGAAGAUUCAAAUGGCCCCAAUAUGGGGCAAUGGCAUCCGGCCUCGGCGUCACUGCGGCCCAUCCCACCGCGACUUCAAUCAUCAUCAAGCGUCGCUAGUUAUGCAUCAGAGUCGAACCUCAGCAACGGUGUUUCAAGUAACGCCAGUAGGACAAGACCUCCAUUACGGAGUCAAUUUAGUUCGACGCGUCUCAGGAAUCCACAUGAUCCAAUUCCCAAUGGAUUGCCUCCUCCACCAAUCAACCGAUCACGUAGUGCAAGCCAACCCAGCGCUUACAUCCCGCAAUCCGUACCUCCACCGCUUCCGACACAAUGGGAUCCGCGACCUACCGUCACGACGACUGGUAAGCGUGGAAGCGGAUCAAGCGAAUCAACAGGCGAUAGCUCGGAGUACUCGCCUAACAGUUCUUCCCCAAUCACGCCAUACGGUUCAACAGAUUCUUCGAUUGAUAGAGUCGGCAUGCGCAUGCCCCCUGUGAAGAUAAAGGUCCACUUCAAUGAGGAUAUCUUCGUGAUACAGGUGUCAAGGCAUACAGAAUACGAUGAGCUCGUGGAGAAAGUGGGGCGAAAGAUCCGAUUAUGCGGGCCUCGACGAGAUGAUGGGCCUCUACGGGUCAAAUACAAGGACGAAGAUGGCGAUAUGGUCUCCCUUGGCUCAACAGAAGACGUCCAGAUGGCCUUCGAGCAAUAUCGUCCUGGCGGCCAAGUGACUCUCUUCGUCCAAUAA